AAAAUAUUCUUGAACCUAGGAAUUCUAGUGACGAAGAACCAGACUUAGACCAUGAAUUAAAUAUUGAUCUAGCUGACCUUGUCUACACUGCCCCACCUCCUUCACCUCCUGUUUAUCAACCUCUUGUU